AGCGAAGGUGAUCAACUGGGAGGGGCCAUGGGAGCGCAUUGACAUGAUGACAGCGCUUGAAGACGCCUGCAAGGUUCAGUUCCCUCCACCAUCUCAACUUCAUACGGAAGACAGCCGGCAAUUCUUACUCAGUAUCCUGAGUGAUCAUAACAUCAUCUGUUCGCCCCCCCACACAAACGCCCGCUUACUCGACAAGCUGGUUGGCGUAUACAUUGAAUCGCGCAUCACGAACCCCACAUUCAUCAUGAAUCACCCUAAGCUCAUGUCGCCUCUCGCGAAGACGCAUCGCUCGAUUCCUGGUCUCACAGAACGCGCAGAAGCCUUUGUAUGUGGCUUUGAGAUUUGCAAUCUCUACAGCGAACUCAAUGAUCCUUUCGAACAGCGCGAUCGUUUCCUGGAGCAAGCGAGGCAGAAGGCUCAAGGGGAUGACGAAGCCCACGGAAUUGAUGAGGAGUUUGUCAAGGCGUUGGAGUAUGGGAUGCCGCCGACGGCUGGGUGUGGUCCAGGGCUGGAUCGUAUUAUGAUGUUUCUGACGAAUAACUAUACGAUCAAGGAGGUGCUGGCGUUUCCGAUGAUGAGAGAGGAGGGGAAGAAGGGUUGCGGUGCGGUUGCCACUAGUCAAUAUGGUAAGACGGCGGACAAGCAGGAGCGACUUGCUGAGUUGAGAAGGCAGAUGGCGGAUCUUGAAUCCGAGAUCGCGGCGAUGGCUGUUUGAUCUUGAUACAUCUCGGACUAUCAUAUCUUAGUCUACUCGUAACACUGACAAGGAGACCAAUACCGUGACUGCCAUUGAUCUAUUUGACCUUGCAGUCCUCUUGUCAACACCUCUCUACCACCCGGAAGCUUGACGAACACCCCUCUUAGUAGGCAUCGUCUCCUGCUCUUCAGUUCUCAAGCGGUGAACCACGGGAACCGAGCUAGGCGGCAAGCUUCCGUAUUCGGUGAUGACCAUGUUGAUGUACUGCGCAGGCGUGACAUCGUAGAG